AUGCCAUUCAACAAGCCGCAAUCUUUUCUCCACUAUGUCAGAUAUGCUCAACUUGUUGCUCAACUCGGAUUCUUCUCUACCGCAUUCUUCUGUUUCAUUUUGGUUUUCUUGACUAUGUUUGGGAAUGUUUACUCCAAUAAUGCUGGAUAUAUCUUGUUCAGUACGAGCCGCCCGUUUAAUAUGAGUCAAUACGCCGUUACUUGGUUCAUUGGACUCUACGCAGGCGUCUAUUCAUCUACCAUCUCCAUGUUAUCCGUCCAAUUUUUAUAUCGAUAUUGGGCGGUUUUUGAACUGGAAAUGAUGCAAAAAUAUAGUACAGAUUUCUCUGAGAUUGCUGGAGUGGCUCUAGUUGCUUAUGACAAGGAUGGCAACAUCAGAUGGUUUAAUAUCUGCUCCACUUUGAAUCAUACCUUUAUUAUGUUGAUUCAAUACUCUGUAAUUAUUUAUUGUGGCAUCUGGAUGUAUAUAGAAAUGGAUGAGAAGGUUCAGAUGUUAUCAUUAUCAUUGAGGAACCUCCACAAACAGUUUUUCAAGACAUUGAUUCUCCAGAUCGUGACCCCCACUAUAACUCUGUUUUCUCCAGUUAUGCUUAUAAUAUAUCUUCCACUUCUCGAUCUAGAAUGUGAUCUUCCCACAGGAAUAUUCCUUAGCGCCGUCACACUCUAUCCAGCAAUGGAUGCAAUCAUAGUCAUGUAUAUCGUGUCAGACUACAAGAAAGCUGCCAAAACAAUGCUGAAAAAGGCUCUGGAUAGAGCGAGUGCCUGGUUGAAUACAGUGGAAACGGAUCAGUCUAGUACACGGACACGUUCAACUGCGACGAAUCGUUCAGCUGCAUUGAAUAGGAAGAUGCUGAAAAAUGCUUUGGAACAAACAUACACCUGGUUGAGCACAGUGGAAACGGAUCAAUCGAGUACACGGACACGUUCGACUGCGGCGAAUCUUCCAGCUGCAUUGAAUAAAAUUUGA